AUGUCUAAUAUGUUGGAUGCCAGUCACCAACCCAACCCUCGGCCGGACGAGUAUCAACCUGACUGGAUCCCGCCGUCCAGUAGGGAUCCCAACGGGACGCACUCCCUCAACGAUCGAGGAGCAUCCCCAACUGAUGCCAAGAAGCUAUCGUUCAAGCAGAUACUGGAAAUAGCCAUGAACAACGUGUCUGAUCAGCUUCUGGCACUACUAGAAGAAGAGCUCGACAAGAUGGAGGACGACAGCGAAGAAAUUGAACAGCAGUCAACGACUACGCAUCGGGACAGCAGGUUAUAA